CUGCUCAAUACCGAGCACCUAUGGUAAUUGUCCACGCAGUCAAGGCUUUUGCUCAGUCGAGUUUUUUGCCGCUACAAAUCUGCAGCAAACCAACAUUUCCAACGCCUCCUCGCAUUUGUCGAUUGCGGUACCAGUACAGCGCCUUCUGCUAAACAAUGCCUCUGGUCUCUCAACGCCCAUGUACCGACCCGCUGAACUGGAAUUUAUAUGCAGACUUUUCGGGCGAGAUGUACAUCCCUUUCCACGACUAUGUCCAGCCAGAACAGACCUGUCAGGUGGACGUGCCCUUUCCGCAGUUUCUUCGACUGCCCAGAGAGCUCCAGCUGCGCAUCCUCCGUUCCUGCAGCAGCGCAACGCUUUUCCAGCUCAUGCAUGUCUCUUCUGCUACGCGAGACGAGGCCAGAAAGCUGUUCUGGUCUGAUCCUGGCGCACGAUAUGUUGUCGAUGGCGCAUGGCUGCAGGCCGGAGGGUUCUCUGGCCACACAGUCGACGACGUGGCCGCCUUGGCCUUGAUGAAGCAUGUAGAGGUAGACUUUGGUACUGGAGGACCUUUUGUUCGCAGGGCAUGGGACGACGGUGAACCUCAAUACGGAAGAAGACCAUCUCCUGCCGAUGCAGCGGAGCGGAUGGCAGACGCUUUCUGGCAGACACUUCAACGCUGCCUGCCUUGCGCGACAAAUGUUGUCUUGAAGGACUCGGAGCUCGGUCACACCAAAGAAGGAGAUGCAGCACCCGCCGUCCUCACCCUGUUGGCCGAGAGAUGCCCUGCUGGAAUUCGCGCGUCAGCCUCAUGCCUCCAGGUAGUGGCCGGCUGCAGCUAUCUGAUGAGGGAAAGUCUCUGGCAACCGGUCUGGCACGGUCGCAGUCAACCAGCAACAUGGAAUCGUGUCGACAGUUUCGACGACACGACGCAAAGUGUGCUGCCGCCUGCCAAAACAUUCCGUGGGCCUGUGGGGGCAUUCUGUCGCAUUGACUACAACGUAAGACGCCUUAGCUAUCUAUACGGUGCUCGACGGCUAUUGCUUAUCCAGGCUAUGGAGGCAUACUAUACACAGAACCCGCAGACACCGUUUGUCUGCCCCGUUCCUGAAUGCGAUUUCCGAUUUGAGACACCGCGGGCAUGGGCGGUCCAUGCAACCGAUGAACUUCACGACGUGAUGGAUUUCAAACUUCCAACCGAGACCCUUGAGAUGUUAUUUUCGGAGCACGAUGCUCGACUGGCGCGCAUGGAGCAGGAUAUCGCAGACACCAUAAUUAGAUUGCGGUUGGAGUGGGGCGAAGAAGGUAGUGAGCAGCGCAGGAAGAGGGAGGAGGAGUUUCUCCAUCAGUUGCAGCAUGACCCUGCGUAUGCGCAAGCGAAGCCUCCUCGGGAGUGCGCUGUCUGGCACCGCUAUCUGAUUGAGAUGAACAAUGAGAAAACCGCCUAUUCUGAACAAUGA